ACUUGCCAACUUACUUCCUCUAUAAAUGAACUCGUCGAUCCUUCCUCCCUAACCUUUAUCCGUUCCGACGACUCCUCUCCGGCAUUUUCAUCCUUCUCCUGCAGGAGUCUCCUCGUGUUAGGGAUCCAAGUGUUCGUUCACCAUGACUCCAGAAUAUGACUAUCUUUUCAAGCUUUUGCUUAUUGGAGAUUCAGGGGUCGGGAAGUCAUGCCUUCUAUUGAGAUUUGCGGAUGAUUCCUAUAUAGAAAGUUACAUCAGUACAAUUGGUGUUGACUUUGUGAGUGCAUUAAUACUAUACACUCUUUUUCCUCUCUCCUCCAUUUAUAUCCUCGCCCAUACCAAAACCUUACUUAUAUACCAUUUAACAAUUUGUUCCAUCUUAUUAGAAAAUUCGAACAGUGGAGCAGGAUGGGAAGACCAUAAAACUUCAAAUUUGGACACUGCUGGACAGGAACGCUUUAGGACAAUCACGAGUAGCUACUACCGUGGUGCACAUGGGAUUAUUGUAGUUUAUGAUGUGACUGACCAAGAAAGUUUCAACAACGUCAAGCAAUGGCUCAAUGAGAUUGACAGGUAUGCCAGCGAAAAUGUGAACAAGCUUCUGGUGGGAAACAAAUGUGAUCUGACCGAUGGUAGAGUGGUAUCUUAUGAAACUGGCAAGGGUGGUAUUUGGCUUUGCUACUUGAAGGCAUUUGCUGAUGAGAUUGGCAUACCAUUCCUGGAGACAAGUGCCAAGGAUUCUACCAAUGUAGAGAAAGCAUUUAUGACCAUGGCUGCUGAUAUAAAAGACAGAAUGGCAAGCCAGCCGGCUGGAAGUGCCAGCAAACCUACAACGGUACACAUGCGGGGUCAACCAGUUGGCCAGAAGAGUAGCUGCUGCUCCUGAAUAAUAUAUUGAACAUGAGGUGUUACACCUUUGUUCGUGACAAAGAUGCCGUUAUGCUGUUGAACGCUGGGGGCUGUUGAUCGGACCGGCAUGAUUUUGUGUUGUUGGAUUUUAAAGAAAUCGGUGUGUCUUAAUCGAACAAGAUUGUUAUACUCCACCCACCCAGAUGCCCUUUCAGUACUGGAGUUUAAUGGCACAAGGGUUAGAUAGACGCAAACAUGGUCCUGGUCCUGGUACUGGCGGUGCCUUGUCUUAUUAUAUACUUUCAUGUUUUCGUUAGCUUGCUGUGAGAGUUCACUACCUCUGUUGUUGGAUUAUUUCCUGUAACGUACGUUUCUAAGUUUGGAUAAUAAAUAACUUUCAUUGUUUA